UCGCUCCUGAUUCUUCUCCUCAGAGGGCAAAGAGCGGCUUAAUGCCUGGUCAUUCCUCGCAUUCACCGACCUCCCCCAGUUUUCUGAGAGGCCUUUUUGGUUAAUAGGCCUUCAGCCGCCAAAACCCACGAAUUUCCUCUAAAGAUAUGGGAAUCUUUCAAUGAAAGCCUCUAGGAAGAGAAUAUAGUGGAUUGUUCUCGCACCAUGUCGGAGAUUGAAGAGAAUCUCCAGGCAGCUUUCAAAAAGCUAAGGGUUGACUCAGAAGGAUCCACUAUUUCUCUUCCUGUGAAUGAGGGGACAUCUUCAAAAGCAUUUUUAAGAACCUCGGAUGAAGAUGAAAUGAAGACUGCCAGUACAUCCAAAGAAAGCUGGCAUUGGUGUUUGAGGAAACCCGUAAGAGGAGCAGUGAGAACACAACGUCGCCGGAGGUCAAAGUCUCCAGUACUCCACCCUCCCAAGUUCAUCCACCGCACUAUUAAAUUGCCAACACAUAACCAACCCCUGCCCAAGAAUGCAGUGGACACUUCUGAUCACAGCUGUGACCUGAGUGAGCCAAACUCAGACGAAUUAUCCAAGAACAAACAGGCCAGUUGUACUCUCAACAAUGUUGAGAAGCUGCAAACAGCAGCCAAACAUUCUGGGGUUUCCAUGGCUACAGUGCAGCAGAACACACCUGAAAGCAGCCCAACAGCCAUUCUAAAAGCUACAGAUCCUUCUGAUUUCCAUUCUGUGUCUGAGCAAAAUAAAGGGAGUCUGUGUGCAUGUGUAGACAAGACUUGCCAGUGUACGCAGUGGCAAGACAUGAGAGUGUAUAUGUUUUCUGGCCUGCAAAAUGCUCUUCAAUCUGUACCUGAAAAAGCAACACACAUGCAGGACAAUUCCAAGCCUUUGCCAUCAAGAACUCCCUCCUGCUCUCUGAGAUCUUGCUCUGAGCAAGCCAGGGCUCAUGUGGAUGAUGUGACUAUUGAAGACCUUUCGGGGUAUAUGGAAUAUUUCCUGCAUAUCCCUAAAAAAAUGUCCCACAUGGCAGAAAUGAUGUACACCUGACAGCUGUGGGAUCUGAUGAGCAAAGGGUUUUCACACUCCAUCGAAGAAGCCAUGGCUCUGUGCUUGUAAUAAAGACACUUUGCACUGCACUAGUCUUUCUGUUUUUUCAUGUCCCAGAUGGCAAGACCAUGAUUAAUAUCUUAGCAAAUAAGUCUAAUGAUUGAGUUGUUAUAUUAAUUUAUAAAAGAAGUCGAGGAUAGCAAGUUGAGGAACUACACAGUUGGUCCACAUUGUAAGCAAAGCCCUCUGCGUGCUUGGAGCCAAAUAAAGCAUUUUGCCAAAAGUGGUGAUAGCUUAGAAUAAGUUUACAGGACCCACAGGCUGGGCAGCCUGUAGCCAUUUGGAUGUUAGUGGAUAGCAGCUCUGGCCAGAAUGGGUAACACUGAGAGACUAUAAGAAUUAACAUUCUCAAUAUCUAGAGUGUCAAGUUUUAAGUUGCAGAAAUGCACAAUUACUGAGAACAUGGUUUUUGUUCUUUCUCUGUCCCGAGUAUUUUGAUGGUUAGCAAUUUAAUUUUAAUUGUUCAGUAUUAGCUGCCAGCUAACAUUUUGUGAGAUAAACUUUCUCUAGUAAUGUAAGCAAAUAGUAUAUUUUCCUAGCUAUUAGUGUUUGAAAUAUAGUGUGAAAAGAAUAGUUGAGGCAACAUGUUCAACAGAAUGAAUCCCAAAGAAUAAGAAUAAUUUAAUCAAAAUGUUAUUGCUGAUGAAAUGUUCCAGUCAGAUCCCUUUCUGAGUCCACUAGAGGGCAGUCUUGCUCCACAAUUGCGAUGAAUUCAUCCAGUGGGGAAAUUUAUGGAGUCUGCUCUCUAAAUGGUGUUAUUUUUUCUGAUUUCUCAGUCUGCACUUCUUAGAUGUGGAUGCAGGCCAGGUUUGGAAAUCUGCAUAAAGACUGAAAAAUGUAUCCACUAAAUGCACACAUUUGAAAAGUGCAAAUAGAAAAAUUCACAGAUUUUAGGGAAGCACUCAAAGUUUUGGUAAAUUGGUGGCUAUGUGCAAUAAUUAAUGUAAUGUGUGCUAAAGAAGGAUGAACUUGUGUCCACACAAAAUGUCCACAGAACACUAGAGACCACACUUAAGGUGCAAGAAAAGAAAGAAACUUUCUUGUGAGUUGUGCAGAUUCUUAAAUUUGACCAGUACUAUUUACAUUGGUUCAUAAAUAUUUUCAAUUUUGUUUGCUAGCGGAAUCUUCUGAAAUUAAUUUUCAAGCUGUUGACUACAGAGAUUUUUAUUUUGUUUAUAGUCAAAAAAGCAAUGUACAUUGAAACUGUUUACAUUUUAAAAAGAGGGGUGUUAAUGCCUAUUAUGAUGACUGUUUUUAAAGGAAGUAAUAAGACUGAUUUGUGUAGAAAUUGAAAUUUCAAAAUGUUAUGUUUGCAUGAUGUAUUACACUUGUUGAAAUUCCAGAUUCCCUUUUCUACAUGACUACUAAAGCUAGAAGCCUCAUCUUCUUUUUGAUCUUAAUGCUUUAAUGCCACUCUACCAAAAAAGCUAUAUCUCAUGCAGGCAAUGCAGCCGGUUCCUUGUACUAAACACUGCAUGGUAUACAUUCAUGAACUGUUUGCAGAGCUAGCACUUGCCAUCCACAUCUGGAUUGUGGAAGCAUUUUGUUGUGCCAGAUAAGUGGGAAAAAUGAGAAUUUGAGAAGUAGCACAAAGAUGUGUUUUUCCUUAAUGCCAUCUAAAAAUCUACCCAAUGGUGUAUUUGUUUCCCUGCCAUGAGGAGGAGAUGCCAAUAAUUUCUCUGUGGUGAAGUGAUAUAAGGUCCCGUAGUGUGAUGCCUCAUGGGCCUUGUAGUCCUGCUCCUAGUGCCAUCGUGGCAGAUGAAGACGAAAACAUGGGGUUUUCGCCGGUUCAGCAAGAGCCGGAGUCCUUUCACCUGCCGGAUGUUGAUGUUUGUCCCCAAGAAUUCAGUAAAACAGACCUUGGGCAUUCCUCGCCUCCGUUCCCUAGAAAAGAAUCCUACUGUGCUGACAGAGGAGUCAGGGAACAAAAUCGCAGGAGUUUACGGAUUGCUGCCAAACAACAGGCUGAUUAGACCUGCUUCCCUUGGGAAAUUCUAAGGAGUCUUGCAUCUGGACAAAGUUGGGUUUCGCUUCCCGUUCCCUAGGGAAAGAGAUUGUUGGCGGGAAAACGAGACCCCAAUAUAGGUGCCUGACGCGGGAGAAUCUUUGCAGAGUCAACAGAGCAGCUUCAGGAGUAAGAUCGUGUGUGGACUUCGUAACCCCAGUUCCUUGUUUCCCGGAUUAAGUAUUCAAGACUUGCCUCGCUUUGCUUUCAACCACGGACCUUGUUCUAAGAAUCACUGUUUGCCUUGUAUCCAGCCUUGUUUCCAGCCUUGUUGUCAAGCUACCUAGGACUCCUGAGACUCAGACAUUUCCCCACACUAUUGCUUGGCAAUAGUGUGUGUUUCGGUAUUGGAUAAAGAACUUUGAACUCUAAUAUCAUUUAUUGGACAAUACAUUUUUGGACUAUAUUUGACCUCAUUUGAAAGGUCUGCUUCUGAACUAUAUUCUUCACUUGUUUUUAUUGUUUUUAUAUAAUUCCUUAAUAAAGAUAUUAGAAAGAGA